GGGCCAUCUUGGAGGCGGGGACGCGCAGAGGUGAGCUUUGGAGUGCAUCUUCCUUGUGUUCUCCAGCCAUAGUUCUACACCGUGACCUCCCUAUUCCCCACUUUGCGCCUGUCACACACGCGCUCGCUCGGGACCCCAGCAUACCAUUGUUGAAGAAAAAUGAUGGAAGAAAGUGGAAUAGAGACAACACCACCUGGGACUCCUCCACCGAAUCCUGCAGGGCUGGCUGCUGCCACCAUGUCUUCUACCCCUGUUCCUAUAGCUGCAUCCAGUUCUUUUUCUUCUCCUAAUGUGUCUAUGGUGGACUCCUUGCCACCACAAGUCUAUCCUACUCCUUCACCAGCCCAUCCUCCAGUGCAGCCUACAGCACCACUACCUUUUGUGCCUCCUGUACCAGCUCCUUCGGUUCCACCACUUGGUACUUCUGGGCCACCUGCUGUUUCUCCAUCAACUGCUGCUGCCUUCACCAGUCCUCCUUUAUCCCACUUUCCACCUUCAACUUCUGCCCCGAGUGCUCUCUUACCUGCACCCACUUCCGGUCCUCCUAUAUCAGGAUUUUCUGUUGGUACAACUUAUGAUAUUACAAGGGGACAUGCAGGAAGAGCUCCCCAGACACCUCUGAUGCCCUCAUUUUCUGCACCUCCAGUAACAGGUAUUUUGCCAACUCCUAUUACUCAGCAAGCUAGUCUGACAUCUCUGGCACCGGGAACUGGAACCACAUCAGCCAUCACUUUCCCAGAGGAACAAGAAGAUCCUAGGAUUAAUAGAGGUCAGGAUGAAGCAUCUGCUGGUGGAAUCUGGGGUUUUAUUAAGGGUGUGGCUGGAAAUCCUAUGGUGAAGUCUGUGCUUGAUAAGACAAAACAUUCAGUAGAAAGCAUGAUUACAACGCUGGACCCUGGCAUGGCUCCAUAUAUUAAAUCUGGAGGUGAGCUGGAUAUUGUGGUGACUUCAAAUAAAGAAGUAAAAGUGGCUGCUGUCCGAGAUGCCUUUCAGGAAGUCUUUGGCUUAGCUGUGGUUAUAGGGGAAGCUGGACAAUCUAAUAUUGCCCCACAACCAGUGGGCUAUGCAGCUGGAUUAAAAGGUGCCCAGGAACGUAUAGACAGUUUGCGACGAACUGGAGUGAUCCAUGAAAAGCAGACUGCUGUGUCUAUAGAACACUUCAUUGCAGAAUUGCUGCCUGACAAGUGGUUUGACAUUGGUUGUUUGAUAGUUGAAGACCCUGUCCAUGGCAUUCACCUAGAAGCUUUCACGCAAGCCACACCGGUGCCUUUGGAAUUUGUACAACAGGCUCAAAGCCUAACUCCCCAGGACUAUAAUCUGAGGUGGUCAGGCCUUUUGGUGACAGUGGGCGAAGUUCUGGAAAAGAGUUUACUGAAUGUCAGCCGGACUGAUUGGCACAUGGCUUUUACUGGCAUGUCUCGUCGACAGAUGAUCUACAGUGCUGCCAAAGCAAUUGCAGGCAUGUAUAAACAGCGCCUGCCCCUUAGGACCAUGUGAGGGAAGACCUGUCUAGGAUACUGAGACUUUCUUCACUUUUAGCUUGAUGUCGUUAUACCUUCUUGAAUAGUUUCAAUGAAUUUAACAGUUUUGUAAUUUUCCUGUAGGCUGUAAUUUUUUUUUCUAGAGAGGCAUGUUAUCAUUCCAAUAGAAGAAAAGAAAUAGAUCCUUUUUAUAAUCAUAUAAUUAUGCAUAUAGUUCUCAGAAAAAAAUAUACAAAUAUAUUUAUAGCACAGUUUAAUAUACCAAAUUCAUAUAGUGGAAAUUCAUGUGCAAAGACAUUUAAUUUAAAGAUGUGUACUUGAUUGUUUUGUUUUUAAAGAAGACAUAGUUAAUUAAGGAACAUGUCUAUUGAAUAUUCUUUAAAAACAUUGUUCUUUUUGUUUUUUUGUAUGUGCACAUGGCCUCAGGUCUGAUGGAGAGCAGCUUGCUCAACAAUUUACCUUAGGACACCUACUUGUAUUUAGAGAGAUGUCACACAUUUUUAUGCAUGUUUUAUACAAAGUGAGCCAAAUACAGAAUUGAUCAUUUCUGUCUAGUCAUCAUGUACACAUACAAUCUGGAAAGUCAUCCUUGUUUCCUUUUUUUUAAAAAACUAAGUUUUGGCAUUUUAUAGAUUUAUACUAUGAACAUUGGGUAAUACAUUUUAUUUUUUCAUUGCUAUAUGACAACUAAAGGGCGAAUAAUUUGAGUAUAUUUUAGAUCAGAGUAUUCAUAUUAUUUUUGUAUAAUACUUUUCAGUACUUCCAAGAAUAAAUUCUGACAGUGGCCAUUUUAUGUGCUUCCACCCAUUCUCCAAACUUUUACAAAAGACAUUUUUGAGAGGUGAUUACUUUAUUGCCUAUGAGAGGGUAUGCCUCAGAUUUUAAGUAUGGUUGCUUCUUCUUUCAUUUGCCUUAAGCACAACUUUUCUAACUGCCAUUCUGCCUUUAUUUUUUAUGGAAAUUUUCAAAUAAACUAUUUUAUAUUCAAUCUGGUUUAUUUAGUUCGUUAUGUUUGUAUUUAAUGAAAGCUUUUCCCCCCUCAAGUAAUAUAUUUUACAGUUGGGAUUUAUAUAAAUAAAAAUUAAGUAAAUGUUUUUUCUUGUAUAGUUGAACUCUAUGCAACUUCAAAUAACUUUGAUAAUAGUUUCACAUAUAAACGUAAUUUUAUUUACUCUUCUAUACUGUUAUUUUGAUGUAAAAGAAUUAGCACAAUCUGGCAGUUUUAUAAAGGGUGAUGAAGGUUGUAUCCUGCACUGUCUUCAUAUGUAAGGUUUGCUUUGUGUUAAUGUUAUUUAAAGUAAUUAUUUCAUUUUCCCCCCUUUUUUUACUUGAGAGUGAGAAGAAUUAAGUAUUCAUUUUGAAACUAUAAUGUAUGUUCAUUUCUGAGCACCAUAAAGUGAAAUUCCAACUUUUAUAUCAUUCAGAGUAAUGAGAAACAGAAACAAGACAUAACAAGUUGCUGUGGUGCACUUUUGUUUGGGGUAAUAGGAUCAAAAUACAUUUUUCCCUCUUUGUGAGUGAAAAGAGAAGCCUUUUAUACUAUUUUCCUCGCUCCUUUAAGUCCAUCCUUCUCUAACAGUAUUUUAUCAGGGCUUUGGCCCCAUGACACAAACAGUCUACUGUAGACUGAAGACAAGUAUGCCCAAACUUAAAAUAUUUCUGCUACUUUCCCUCCUACUAUAGGGAAAUUUUAUAGAGCCUAAAAAUCUGAGUUUUUCUUUCCAUUUUUGUUUUCCCAAGUCUAAAACAUCUUAUUUGAUAUCAUUGAGGAUUGUUCUGAUAGAAUCACAAACAUUGCCAUUUCCUGGAAUCCUCAAAUUUCUGGAGCAGAGCUGCUCCAUGGCUAGGUUGGAGCUUGAUAGUGUUCCUGUACCUAGUUAUUGGUGAGCCUUCUGCUGCUUUCUGAACAGUAGGAGUGGGAGAGGUGGAGGAGAGAAGGGCAGAUAGAAGAGAGAAGUACAUGCUUUCGUCUGGCCUCCGUGUCCUUGGCCCAGUUCUCUGAAAGGCAAUAGAGCAUGGCUGACUCCACAUUCUCAGCUUUCCCAACCUCCUGGAAUUUCCCUUUUACAUUAUGAUCAAGGAAAGUAACUUGCUCUCUCCUGGCAGCUUAGCCAGACAGUCUUGCUGUGAUCAUCAAUCUUAAGGCCAGAGCCUCCAUCUCCUCUGUGCCUUUUCUUCUUGUCCAUUUCCUUAAUAACUCCACAAGAACAUUUUGGGAAGUUGUGAGUAGAUAGCUAUUUGCUUUUUUUCUUUCCCAAGCUUUUAGGAAAAACCUGUCUUUAACACAGUUUGUUAUCAUUAUUGUGGUAGCUUGAAAUUUUUUUUCUUCUGAAGAACCCCAGAUUAUUGAGUUUCAUGUUUUAUGUAUUUUAAUCCAAGUUGUUGAAUUCUAUAAGCUUGUACACUUAUUUAAAUUGGUGCGAGAAAAAUAGGAAAAAUGCUGAAGAUUAAUUUAACAUCAACCUCAGAUUAUUGCUCAGUUCCAGGUUUCUCCUUGUAUUUUUUUUUUUAUUGUAUUGGAUUUUUUUUCUUGUUUGUUUCUUGUUGUACUAGGGGGUAGAAUCCAGUACCUCAAGAACACUAUGGGAGCCCUCUACCACUGGGCUGUAACCCCACGCCCCUAUUGAGUUUUUGAGACACCCAUGGACCUGGCUAUGCCAUGUACUUCUUAAGUUGGAAAGGCCUUGGGUGAUGCUGGUAGUUUCAUCUUCUGAUUCUUUGUUAUUAUUGCUUUUUCAUUCUUUGUUCCUCAGUCUUUUGAGGAUUAAUGAAGUAGAAAAUUAGGAUGUAAAAAGGCAAAAAGAUAGUAUGGUAGUAAGUGUGAGUACAUUUAAGAGUAUAAAUGAAACUGUAUAAUGUAUAUCUAUUCGAAUUAUGCAAUUAGCAAUUACUCAGGGUCGACUAAAUUAACAUGCUGUUGAAUUUAUUCUGUUCCUUGGCUGGAAAAAAAAUUCAAAAUAGGACUUUGUGACUUAUGAAGCCAAAUUGAUAACAUUCUAUGUUUAAAAGUUGUUGGGUUAAACAUAAAUUAUGUGGAUUUUUACUUCUGGGACAUGGUGUUCUUUUUGUGAUAUUAUGCAGAAUCAUGUGUUAGAUAAAAUCAGUUUUGUAAGUAUGUACAUAUUACAUAAAUAAAUACUUAUUUCUCAAA